AUGGGUGGAUCUGGAGCUGUUAGCUUCCUUAAAGUGGUGGCCAAAAAUUUCGAUGUUCUUGCCGGGCCUGUGGUUAGUCUGGUUUUUCCUCUAUAUGCGUCGAUUAGGGCUAUCGAGACAAAAUCGCCUGUUGAUGAUCAGCAAUGGCUCACUUAUUGGGUUCUUUACUCUAUGAUUACCCUUUUUGAGCUUACUUUUGCAAAGCUUAUCGAAUGGUUACCUUUCUGGUCUUACAUAAAGCUAAUCUUCACCUGCUGGUUAGUCAUACCGUACUUCAGUGGAGCUGCAUAUGUUUACGAGCAGUAUGUUAGGCCUUAUUUGGUUACUCGGCAAAAGACAGUCAAUAUCUGGUACGUCCCAAGGAAGAAAGAUAUGUUCAGCAAGCCGGAUGACAUUCUAACGGCUGCAGAGAAGUACAUCCAAGAAAACGGACCCGAAGCAUUCGAGAAGAUGAUUAACAGGUCGAGAGAAACUACUACCCGGACCAGCAAAUACACGUUUUAUGACGAUGACUAUAGAUAUGAGGAAGACUACAGGGGCAUUCCGAGAAUUGAACUCGGGACCUCUCGCACCCUAAGCGAGAAUCAUACCACUAGACCAAAUGCCCUGCUCGUUUACUCGUCUAAACGAAGAAAUGCCACGUCAAACUUUAGUGAGGAUUGUCUACUCGGGGAAGGUGGGUUCGGGUGUGUUUACAAAGGAUGGUUGGAUGUCGAAACCUUAAAUGCCGCAAGACCGGGAUCGGGCUUACCCGUUGCUAUCAAGAGGCUUGUACCUUAUGGCUUCCAAGGUCACAAAGAGUGGUUGUCAGAAGUGAACUAUUUAGGUCGUCUUCACCAUCCAAACCUAGUCAAACUCAUCGGAUAUUGCAUCGAAGGUGACGAUCGGAUUUUGGUUUACGAAUAUAUGUCCGGUGGCAGCUUGGAGAAGCAUUUGUUCAGAAGACAUUCUCCAUCACUUUCAUGGGUAAGAAGGAUAAAGGUGGCUUUGGAUGCGGCUCGUGGCCUGUGUUUCCUGCACGAGUCAGAGUCUCCCGUCAUAUAUCGAGAUUUCAAGACAUCAAAUAUACUCUUAGAUUCGGAAUUUAAUGCAAAGCUUUCAGAUUUUGGACUGGCAAAAGCUGGUCCAACUGAAUCUCAAACUCAUGUAUCUACAAGAGUUAUGGGCACUCAAGGCUAUUGUGAUCCAUGGUAUCUGUCCACAGGUAAGUUGACACUGAAAUGCGACGUGUAUAGUUUCGGUGUCGUGCUGCUCGAGCUGCUUACCGGGCGUCGUGCCAUAGACGACACAAAGUGCCACGAAGAGAAGAACCUUGUGAAUUGGGUAAAGCUUCAUUUACAUGACAAUGGCAAGAUUUUCAGGAUUAUGGACACUAAGUUAGAGGGUCAAUAUUGUAAGAGAAGUGCUUAUGUUGCUGCAAAUAUCGCGCUGCGUUGUGUUAGUCACGAGCCUAAAUAUCGGCCUCCGAUGACUUAUAUUUUAGAAAUUCUGGAAAAUCUUCCUUCCCAUAAAAACCACCAUCAUCAAAAUUGA